AUGAUGCGUGAUGGUCAGUCCAUGCUGCAGCAUACGCGAGGAGCAGGCCCGCGUGUUGCAAGAAACGUGCCGCCCGGCAUGCAGGAAGUUCACCAGCUUGACAAGUUGCGAGCUUCGUGUUUGUUUGAUCGUUCCGAGGUUCGCAGCAACUGGAUAGAAAGCUCGAGCCCCUUGCAAGACAGACAGCGCCACUGCAUCAACAGAGGGAUUCUGAAGACUCGAAGCAGCACGAGGGGCCAUGCAUCUGUUCUGACUUGUCAGCAGCCAUCCAACGAAGGUGCUGUGGCCCAACGCUUUGGGAGUGCCAUUUCUGCGGGAGAUUCCAAGAACGAGGCUUCUCGGCAUGCCGGUCGCUUGAUCAACACCGCCGCCAAGAUCAACGUCUUCGGGUGUGGUUUUGCAGUUUCGGGUUUAGGGUUCAAGAAUUUCGGGCUUAAUUGUGUUCAGGCUUUGGAACCUCCUGGUUUUUGUUGGGCGUCUGGUGGCUUAGGGGCUUGGGCUCCAGGGCUUCAAGUCCAGCCGGGAAAAGGGGAGCCUUUGCCUUCUUGGAAACGAUGCAAGAGGGCCGGAUACGCAGAGUCACAGGUGGGGCAAGUGAUCUUCGGCUGGAUGCAAUAA